CGGGAGGCGGCGGCGCGGCCGCCACUGCUACCGCUGCUACUGGUGCUUCUGGGUUGCCUGGGCCGCGGCGCAGCGACUGAGGACGCAGAAGUCCAUGCCGAGAACUGGCUGCGACUCUAUGGCUACCUGCCCCAGCCCAGCCGCCACAUGUCCACCAUGCGCUCUGCCCAGAUCCUGGCCUCAGCCCUCGCAGAGAUGCAGCGCUUCUAUGGGAUCCCUGUCACGGGUGUGCUCGAUGAAGAGACCAAGGCGUGGAUGAAGCGGCCCCGCUGUGGGGUGCCAGACCAGUUCGGGGUACGUGUGAAAGCCAAUCUGCGGCGGCGGAAGCGCUAUGCCCUCACUGGGAGGAAGUGGACCAAUCACCACCUGACCUUCAGCAUCCAGAACUACACGGAGAAGCUGGGCUGGUACCACUCGCUGGAGGCGGUGCGCAGGGCCUUCCGUGUGUGGGAGCAGGCCACACCGCUGGCCUUCCAGGAGGUGCCCUACGAGGACAUCCGGCUGCGGCGGCAGAAGGAGGCCGACAUCAUGGUACUCUUUGCCUCUGGCUUCCACGGCGACAGCUCACCAUUUGACGGCACGGGUGGCUUUCUGGCCCAUGCCUAUUUCCCUGGCCCUGGCCUGGGCGGGGACACCCACUUUGACGCCGAUGAGCCCUGGACCUUCUCCAGCACUGACCUGCAUGGGAACAGCCUCUUCCUAGUGGCAGUGCAUGAGCUGGGCCACGCGCUGGGGCUGGAACAUUCGAGCAACCCCAGUGCCAUCAUGGCACCAUUCUACCAGUGGAUGGACAUUGACAACUUCCAGCUGCCCGAGGACGACCUCCGGGGCAUCCAGCAGCUCUAUGGCACCCCAGAUGGACAGCCGCAGCCCACCCGGCCUCUCCCCACUGUAACACCCCGGCGGCCAGNCCCCCCACCCCAGCCCCGAGCCACAGAGCGGCCUGACCAGUAUGGCCCCAAUAUCUGCGACGGAGACUUCGACACAGUGGCCAUGCUUCGUGGGGAGAUGUUUGUGUUCAAGGGCCGCUGGUUCUGGCGAGUCCGGCACAACCGCGUCCUGGACAACUACCCCAUGCCCAUCGGCCACUUCUGGCGUGGUCUUCCCAGUGACAUCAGUGCUGCCUACGAGCGCCAGGAUGGUCGCUUUGUCUUUUUCAAAGGUGAGCUGGCGCGGUUGGACGGUGAAGCGAACCUAGAACCCGGAUACCCCCAGCCGCUGACCAGCUAUGGCCUGGGCAUCCCCUACGACCGCAUCGACACGGCCAUCUGGUGGGAGCCCACGGGCCACACCUUUUUUUUCCAAGAGGACAGGUACUGGCGCUUCAAUGAGGAGACACAACGUGGGGAUCCCGGCUACCCCAAGCCCAUCAGUGUCUGGCAGGGAAUCCCUGCCUCCCCCAAAGGGGCCUUCCUAAGCAACGAUGCAGCCUACACCUACUUCUACAAGGGCACCAAAUACUGGAAAUUUGACAACGAGCGCCUGCGGAUGGAGCCCGGCUACCCCAAGUCCAUCCUGCGGGAUUUCAUGGGUUGCCAAGAGCACGUGGAGUCAGGACCCCGAUGGCCAGAUGUGGCCCGACCGCCUUUCAACCCCGACGGGGGUGCAGAGCCGGGGGCGGACGGUGACAGUGCGGAGGGAGACGUGGGUGGCGGCAGGGAGGAGGACUUCGACGCAGGGGCAGACAAGGACGAGGACGGGGGCACCCGCGUGGUGGUGCAGAUGGAGGAGGUGGCGCGGACAGUGAACGUGGUGAUGGUGCUGGUGCCGCUGCUGCUGCUGCUGUGCGUGCUGGGCCUCGCCUACGCCCUGGUGCAGAUGCAGCGCAAGGGCGCGCCGCGCGUGCUGCUCUACUGCAAGCGCUCCCUGCAGGAGUGGGUCUGAGCCCGCCCCCUGCUCCUCACGGUGCUCUGGGCAGGGCUGGGCUGGGCUGGGCUGGGGCCGUGCCUGUGGCUCUGAGAUGGCUCCACCUGCACCCCAACAAGAGCCUUUGGUGGCUCCUUCUGCCCCUGGAUGGGGGCCCCUCCUGGCCCUCAAAACAUCCCUUGUCAGUCCUGUCCUCAUUGUUUAUUUAUGCCCAGGUUUUUUGUUUUUGUUUUUGCACCUUAACUGAGCAUUUGUUUCUGCCUUCCUGAGCAAGACAGGGCCUUCGGAGUUUUCUAAAUGUAGUUCUGCUCUGGUCGGGGAGUUAGGCCCUGGUGCACCUCUGACUUGACCUCUGCCAGAGGACGGAGGGCAGACGCCCACAGCGGAAGGCUGUGAGGGUUCUUGCAGCCCCAGCCCCUCCUCCUCCUGAGCCCCUAGCCAUGCAGGGCCAUGCCGUGGCUGUUUGUAUUGGAGGAUGGUGGCCUGGCUGAAUCUCCACCUUAGCUAGAGUCUCCUUCUCAGCAAGAGCUUUCUGCCCAAGAGCAGCCCCAGCCAGGGAGAUAGGGUGGGGGCAGGUGGCCCUCUGGCCUGCGAGUCCCCAUGAGGCUUGCUUCCUUCCUGGUCCACUCCGACAGCUCCAGCAGCCCUUUCUUUGUGCCCAAGAGCCCAGCCUACCCCAGCCAGGGGGCGGCUCCCAGCUCCCAUGUACCCCUCGGGCCCACCCCCCAUGCCCUCUGGAGAAGGCACCCUGGGCCCACCUUACCAAGGACCAAAGGGAGUCUGCUGAGCCCCUUCCUUCUGUCCCCACAAGGUAGCACUGGCCUUGCCCCUAGGCUAGGCUGUGACCCACCUGCUCCUCCCCUGGGCCUCAUUUCACUCUAUCCUACUCAUUCUACCCCAGGGUGGUAGUGGCCCUGGUGGGGGGAUCAGAGUCCCCCAGCCUCAGGCUUCAGCUGCCCAUGUCUGGAUCUUGGAAGAGGGGCAGGGGGAGAGGCUGCCCACAGAGUGUGCCCACUUGAGGGGUCAUAGUCUAGACUCUGGGCGUGGGGCUUCCUCCCCUUCGGCUGUGUGUCCCCCCAGGGGGCUGGGAGCAGAGAGACUGGCAGGGACAGGCCAGCAGACUGGAACUCUCAAAGGAGCCCACCCUGGAAGCUCCCCUGCUCCCGGGCUCAGCCCCGGGGGUGGAGAUACUUCCUUCCCCCUUCCCUUCCCCACCGAGCAGGAGGCCGAAGCUCUGUGGAAAUGGUACUGUACAGCUGGCUCUGUCCCCUCUGUGCCCCACGCCUGGGGUACACUGCCCAGGAUCCUGGGGGUCGGGGGUUCUGCUGGCCUCUCUGUGGGGCAGGUCCAGAAGCUUUCCCCACCACCUCUGCAGAACCCAGAGCCAGCCGAGGGGUGCGUGUGGGGCCCAGUCCACCCCACGCAUUCAUGUCUGUAAAUAAUCUGCACUGAUUAAAUUGUACAGCCAGC